CUCACUCUGUGAUACCCGUGCGGUGUAGAACUGCCCGCUAUGUUCUUCAUUAAAGAGCUGUCCCACACAAUCCUGCUUCAUCCCUCCUACUUCGGCCCGCGCAUGCUUCAAUUCCUCGAAUCAAAACUCUACUCGGACGUCGAGGGGACAUGCUCUGGACAAUUCGGCUACAUCAUCGCAGUCGUUUCUAUCUUGGACAUUGGAAAAGGUAUGGUGAUCAGCGGCAGCGGCCAGGCCGAGUUCAUCACGCGCUACCGAGCGAUCGUGUUCAAGCCGUUCAAGGGGGAGGUAGUGGAUGGAGUUGUCAACAAUGUGAACAAGAUGGGGUUCUUUGCGGACGUUGGGCCGCUGACAGUCUUCGUGUCGCACCAACUUAUCCACCCAGACCUGAAGUUCGACCCGAAUUCUAAUCCACCGUCAUUUGCAAGCGAGGACCAGAUCAUCGAGAAGAACACAAAAGUUCGCCUAAAAAUCGUGGGUACGCGUGUAGACGCGACCGAAAUUUUCGCAAUAGGUACCAUCAAGGAAGACCACCUUGGGGUCAUUGAUUGACUACGACAUAAGUCGGACGUUCUAGACUGGUGGCCGUUGUCUCACGGGUGUAUAUUACUGAACCGUAGCUAUCGUCGGUGCUCUGUAUUUCUACUCUGUAGUUCGUACUCCAUUCACUCAUAAUACAGUUUUGCGUUGCUGCA